GUCUGGGCACGAGAAUGGAGCGCAAAAUUGUCGCAGUCGCCUUUCUGCUUGCUCUCGUCUCAGUGGCUGUGUCGGAAGAAAACACAGGACUGAAAGACUCCAAAUGCCAGUGUAUAUCAAAUUUAUCCCAUUUCAUCCGCCCCAAGUACAUCAAGAGCAUUCAACUAAUUGAAAGUGGACCUCACUGCAAUAAUGUGGAAAUCAUAGCUACUCUGAAGGGAGGCAGAGAAGUGUGCCUGGAACCCGCUGCUCCGUGGGUGCGGCUGAUCACAAAGGCUAUUCGGGAGAAGAGCAACAAGACUGAGUCACCAGUCUAACAAAGGAAA